GAAUUUAAAGGUCUGUGCGGCACUUUCUGAGUACCACAAUCUUUGCGCGAGGGUCAGGAAUUAUACACGCUUCAUUUUCACUGCUGCUGCGCCUCCUUGUCAAAAUGGCUGAAAACAUCGAACGUCUGAACAAGUUCAAGAACAAAGGCAAAGAUGCCAAUGAACUUCGACGCAGGAGAGUGGAGGUAAACGUGGAGCUCCGCAAGGCGAAGAAAGAUGAUCAGAUGUUCAAAAAAAGAAAUGUGUCUGCAUUUCCUGACGAGGCGACUUCCCCACUUCAAGAACGGACCCAAAACGGCCAGGCCUUCAAACAGUGGACCGUUGAAGAGAUUCUAACAGGAGUGACCAGCGGUGACUCAGAGUCUCAGUUCCAGGCUACACAGGCUGCACGGAAACUCCUGUCUCGUGAAAAGAAUCCUCCCAUUAACCAGCUUAUCAGUGCUGGCCUGAUUCCCAAGUUUGUUGCCUUCCUGGGGCUGGUAGACUGUCCCCCAAUCCAGUUUGAGGCUUCCUGGGCUCUGACGAACAUUGCCUCUGGGACAUCGGAUCAGACAGCUGCAGUUGUUGAGGGCGGGGCCAUUCCAGCCUUCAUUGGCCUGGUCACAUCCCUCCACCAGAACAUCAGCGAGCAGGCCGUCUGGGCCCUCGGAAACAUUGCUGGUGAUGGAUCAGCGCUUAGAGACAGGGUCAUCAAGCAUGGAGCUGUGGCCCCUCUGCUCAGUCUGCUGGCUGUCCCUGACCUGUCUGUAUUAAAUACCGGCUACCUGAGAAAUGUGACAUGGACGCUGUCUAACCUCUGCCGCAACAAGAACCCCUCGCCCCCUAUAACUGCGAUCCAGCAGAUCCUACCCGUUCUAGUUCGUCUACUACACCAUGAGGACCGUGAGGUGUUGGCUGAUGCAUGUUGGGCUGUUUCAUACCUGACUGACGGCUCUAAUGACCGCAUUGAGGUGAUGGUCCAGACCGGCUUAAUUCCACGCCUGGUGACGCUGCUUGGCUUUGAUGAGCUGCCUGUCAUUACCCCAGCGCUGCGUGCCAUCGGCAACAUUGUGACUGGUACAGAUGAGCAGACUCAGGCGGUUCUGGAUUCCGGGGCCCUGACCAUGUUCCCCCAGCUGCUGCGCCACAAAAAAGGCAACAUUCAGAAGGAGGCCGCUUGGACUCUGUCUAACAUCACAGCAGGGAAGGACAACCAAAUCCAGGAGGUCAUCAACGCAGGCCUCAUUCCAUACAUGGUCGAUGUGCUUGUGCGGGGUGACUACAAAACUCAGAAGGAGGCUGUGUGGGCUGUUACAAACUUCACCAGCGGGGGCUCUGUUCAGCAGGUGGUUUUCCUUGUUCAAGCCAACGUUCUUGAGCCUCUUCUGAAUCUCCUCUCCUCUAAGGACAGCAAAAUUGUCCUCGUCAUCUUGGAUGCCAUUACCAAUAUCUUCAUGGCCGGGGAUAAAAUCGGGGAGUCGGACAAGCUGAGUCUGAUGGUUGAGGAAUGCGGCGGACUGGACAAGAUUGAGGCCCUGCAGUCUCACGAGAAUGAGAUGAUCUACAAAGCAUCCCUCAACCUGAUUGAGAAAUAUUUCUCUGACGAGGAGGAGGUGGUGCAGUCUGUGGUCCCAGAAGCAACCGAUGAUGGUUAUGCAUUCCAAAUCAGUGAAAACCAGAGCACUUUCAAUUUCUAGAUUUUCUAUCUAAUACCUCUACUACUUUACUGUACCCUCAUCGCUACUGUUUGUCCUUUUCUUUGUAAUUGUGAAGUUUUGCAUGUAUUGUACAUACUGUUUUAAUAUGACAAAACAUAAUUGUAAAUAAAGUUGUUUAUUUCACCA